CAAUUCUCCAUCACACUAAAAAGCAAUGUAUAAAUUUGUCUCCUUUACCCCUAAAAUAACCAGCUUCCACUGUUAUCCCAAACCCCUUUCACCAAUUUUAUCACAACACCCAUUUCAUUUUUCUUCCUAUUUUUUCCUUUCUUAGCUUUACCAUGUUGGGCUUUUAAGUAUUUCCAACUGUUUUUUACUUAUUUUCUCAAGAAACCCUUAUUGUGUUUCUUGAUAUUUUAGCCUUUCUUGAGUGUUUUUAUCUUAUUGAGUGUGUUCAGGGAAACCUUUUUGGGUCUUGAACUUAGUGUUCUUGGAAAUUCAGAUGAGAAUUAAAUUCCAAAAUAAUUGCUCGAAAGGUUUAGAUAUAGUAUUGGGAUCACCAUGUACAGUGCUAAUUUGACUGGUUUUGGAUUGGCUGUGGCAUCUAGUGCUUUUAUUGGGUCCAGUUUCAUCAUCAAGAAAAAGGGUCUUCAGAAGGCAGGUGCCUCUGGUACUCGGGCCGGUGCCAGACUGCAGAAUAAGAGCAAUGGGGUAAUGCGUCCAGCAAAUGUAGAGUCACAUUCAGUAUUACUAAUACAUAAUGGCUGCUUAUAAAAGGCUCGGGCGGAUAUGGUUAUCUACAGGAGCCUCUUUGGUGGAUUGGGAUGGUAACUAUGAUUGUUGGAGAAUUUGCAAAUUUCGUGGCUUAUAUUUAUGCGCCAGCAGUUCUUGUGACACCACUUGGAGCUUUAAGUAUAAUUGUUAGUGCCGUUCUAGCACAUUUCUUACUGAAGGAAAAAUUGAAGAAACUGGGGGUAUUAGGAUGUGUUUUAUGUAUAGUAGGUUCCGUUGUCAUUGUUCUUCAUGCACCUGGUGAACAUGAUCUUAAUUCAGUGGAUGAAAUAUGGGCAUUGGCUACACAACCAGCUUUUCUUUUGUACACUACCUCAGCAGUUGCAAUAACAUUGGUACUAGUCUUGUAUUGUGAACCUCGCUAUGGGCAGACAAAUAUUAUGGUGUAUAUUGGUGUUUGCUCCAUCAUUGGGUCCUUGACGGUUAUGAGCAUCAAGGCUAUUGGUAUAGCUAUAAAGCUUACAUUGGAGGGUUCAAGCCAAGCUGCACAUUUUCAAACUUGGGUGUUUGUGAUGAUUUCUGUUACAUGUAUAAUUGCUCAACUAAAUUACUUAAAUAAGGCAUUGGACACAUUUAACACAGCUGUGGUUUCUCCAAUAUAUUAUGCCAUGUUCACAUCAUUUACAAUUUUAGCCAGUUCCAUAAUGUUUAAGGAUUGGUCUGGUCAGAGUGCUAGCAACAUAGUUUCAGUGCUUUGUGGCUUUUUAACUGUGCUCUCUGGUACAAUGGUUCUUCAUAGUACAAGAGAUCCAGAUCCUCCUCCUAAUACAGAUAUUACUUGCAGAUUUGUACGCACAACUUUCCCCUCAAAUAUCAUGGUUGGUACAUGCCAACGGAGAAAUAUGGAAGCAGAAAGAGGACGGUUUGCAUUCAGAAUUUGUUGCAAUAAUCAGGCAGGAUCAUUUCAAGUAGGGCAAAAGAAGAACUUAGGUGAUUGGCUGGAGGCUCUUCUCUAUGGCUGUUCUUUUCCACGUCAUGCCAGAUUUUGGAUUUUCUGAUCAUCUCCCCUUUGUCUUUCAGCUUGAGAGUGUGUUGGGGUUUUAUCCUCUAGGUCAGAUAUCUGGUUACUGUUGAUUGUUCUAGUUCAUUUCUGUAACUCAUUUUUUUCGGCCUAGAUUGUAGAAUUCUAGGUUUGGUGGGCACCUUGAUGUAGUAUAGCGGGUAAAAAGUGCUAGUAUUUAGUCACUAACAUUGUUCUGUUCGUGAAGAAGAGUCUUUACAGUCGUGAGCAAGGCAAUGACAGUUCGAACUUUUAACA